UCAUGUCAUAGAUGUUUGGUCCAAUACUGAUCUCUUUGUGUUCCAGAGGUAUAUAGGUGCGCGUUCUCCCCCGAACAACGCUAGUAGCUCACAGUCAUGUCGGCGGCUGAAGUUGCUCAGACCAUCAAGCUCCUCGAUGCAGCAUUCGCAGGCGAUUGCUGUCAGAUUGCAGCUAUCGUGAUUUAUGCCUACGAUCGCUUUCUCACCUUUCGCUGGGAUGUGGAUCUGAUAUGGCAGCGCCGGAACAUGUCUGUAGCAACUGGCUUAUACGUGCUGAUACACAUAUCAGUGGCGGUGUACCUGUUUGGACAGGUGAUCAUCCUGAUCCUUACAGGCUGUGAAAGCGGCUAUAUCAUGACAGUCGUACAAUUGUGCGCUGGCGCGCUAUUUCAUACCAGCUUUGGUGCUUUCACGGCAUUGCGUGCCUACGCCAUCAGCAAUCGCUCUAUCUCGCUCACGUGUGCGAUCUUCUCAGCCUCGUUGGUGCUCUUCGUAGGGGAUAUAUAUGAGAUCUCCACAAUUGUCCUGGUCGUUGCACCAGAGCCGGUUGGAUGUGUGCUCUCUUCGGAUGGUACAAGCUAUAGACCACUGAUCAUCGCCGGAGAAGCAGCUAAUAUAGUUGCCGAGUUUUUGUUGGUAGCGGCGACUUGGCGUCAUGCACACAUGAUCAAAUUCGCCAAAGAUGCGCACGUUGAGGCCCCAAUCACAACGAUUUUGCUCCGAGAUGGUACUGUCUAUUUUGUGACUAUUCUUGCACUUCUCAUCAUCACUAUGACACUGGCUGCAACAAAUAGUGUCGCGAACGGAUUUGUUUCGCCCCUAACCGACGCCCUCCAAGUGAUCUUAAUUUCACACUUCUACCUCAACUUACGCGAAGCCAAUUCAAUGGACAUGGAUUCCGGGGCAUCUCAGAUAUCCGACGUCCGUUUCACGCGUGUGGUCGGGAGCCUCGCCGGCUCGCUCCCUUAUGGUAUGCACAGUUCUCCAGGAGGCGUGGACGCAGGGCCCGACUCCGUUGGCUCAGACGAGGAGUUUGUGGAUGGUGGAGAGAUGGAUGGCUUAGACCAGGAGUCGGUCUGCGCAAGGCCUGAGGGCAGCAUUGGGGGCUCGGAGCCUUGCGCCUCCAAUGGCAUGCCUAGUCCAGGACUUCUGUACGUGGAAGAGGUCCCGAGAACCGAGGCUAUUGUCGCAUAACAUUCCUCGAUGUAUCCUCACUUCACCACGAUCAUCUCGCGGUCGAUAUUCAGAUCCCUCAAAUGCAAUUUACGUUGGUGAAUUCAA